AUGUAUAAGGGGGGAAGGAGUUGUAGCGGGCUGGAGGAGGAGAUGGAUAAGCGGGAAGAGAGCAAUAUAGAAAGAGAAGGGUGUUUCGGUUUGAGGAAGCCGUUGAAGGUUGAAACCAAAGAAGAAAUUUGGGGAAAACGGGUUGGGAGGCAUCUGGCUUGGGCGAGUUCGACUCCCUUCACCUUGGGUGUUGUAAUCGCUGGUGACGACGGAAGGAGUGAUAAUAACUCCGGUGAGGAGCUAAAGAUGCAGACAUCUGAAUUCCUCGUUAAGGUGGUGAAGGGCCUGAGAAAGGCUCUUAGAUUGUACUUGUUUAAUUUCGAUAUGAUUAGAGAUGGUGAAGAAGAUGGGUAUCUGGUGAUUAAUAUGAAUUACUUCCCUCGUUACGAAAAAUUGUCUUCUUAUGAAACUGUCAUGAUUGAUUUCUUCUUGAAUGUAAAGAAAUUACAGGAGUUGGAGAAGAUGAAAAAGAAGGAGAUCGACGACAGGUGGAAAUUUGGUAAUCAAAAGUAG